AGAGGAGGGUGUGAAUGUUCCUGAGCGUUGCCACUCGGGGAGGUGUCUGAGUGGCCGGUGGGGACAGGAGUUGGGGAGCCCCGGCAAGUCGCAGGGCUCUGUUCUCCUCCGUGUCUUCACCUGCUGACGCUCCCCACCCACGAGGGGGUCGUGAAACAGGGAUGAGGCCACCAGGGGACACGCCCAGCACACACGGCGAUUUCACGUUGGUGAUUUUAUUAAAACUCCUAAGGAGUGUCCUCUGCUUUCAGUUAUGAUUUCUAUCAUCAACCAAGAGAGGUACAAGACGGUGGUGACGCCCCGCAGGGCCGCGGUGGCCAUCGCCGGCUGCUGGAUCCUCUCCCUCGUGGUGGGCCUGACGCCCAUGUUUGGCUGGAACAACCUGGGUGCGGUGCAGCGGGCCUGGGCGGCCAACGGCAGCGCCGGGGAGCCCGUGAUCAAGUGCGAGUUUGAGAAGGUCAUCAGCAUGGAGUACAUGGUCUACUUCAACUUCUUCGUCUGGGUGCUGCCGCCGCUGCUGCUCAUGGCGCUCGUCUACCUGGAGGUGUUCUACCUGAUCCGCCGGCAGCUCAGCAAGAAGGUGUCGGCCUCCUCGGGCGACCCGCACAAGUACUACGGAAAGGAGCUGAAGAUCGCCAAGUCGCUGGCGCUCAUCCUCCUCCUCUUCGCGCUCAGCUGGCUGCCCCUGCACAUCCUGAACUGCAUCACCCUCUUCUGCCCGAGCUGCCGCAAGCCCAGCCUCCUCACCUACAUCGCCAUCUUCCUCACGCACGGCAACUCUGCCAUGAACCCCAUCGUCUACGCCUUCCGCAUCCAGAAGUUCCGGGUCACCUUCCUCAAGAUUUGGAACGACCAUUUCCGCUGCCAGCCCGCACCCCCCGUGGACGAGGGCCCCCCGGAAGAGAGGCCGGACGACUAGACUCUCCCUGCCCACAGCCAGAGCACCUCAGCGCGGCCCUCACUCUCCACCAUCUAACUGUCUCCAUGGGCCUCCCCGGGCGGGCUGGGGGUGUGGGGGCCGUCCAUGGGGGGAGACCAGGCAACCUGAGGAAGGAGGGAAGUGGCUUGAGCCACCCCACCUGCUGCCUGUCCCUGGGCAGCCCCUGCUUCAGGCAAAGGGCCCCGCGGUGGGGAGGCCAUCUCCGCUCCUGCAGGUGGGGGCGCUCUCGUCUCAGCGGCUUGACCCUGCAGCCUGGGACCAGGCCUCAGGAGGGAGGACAUCCCCUCCAAGAUGCGUGAAGAAGAUGCUUUCUCUGAAGGAGAAGGUGGCCCGAGCCAGUGAGGGGCAGCCACGAAGGAGCCUCAGGCCCUACCUACCCAGCCCCAGGUUCCCGGCCACGCUGGGGGCCACGGUGCCGCCCCCUUGCUCUGAGCAGCCGAGACUGUACUUGAGAGGGAGGUCGGAAGAGCCACUGCAGACGUCAUUUCCAACGUUCACUUUAUUCUGCACCAGCCUUUGGAGCCUGGUGGGGGCUUGGAGCCCAGCAGCCAGUAGGGCGUGGUGGUGUGGGCCUCACCCAGCCAUCAGCUGGCAGCACUGAGCGUCCCCAGGAGGAAGCUGGAGUGUGACUAGCUGUCAUCCAGGACCAGCCCAGCAGGUCCACCUGCCCCCAGAGAGGCCUGGACUCUCCUAAGUGGCAGCCUUCCCUGCUGGGCCUGGGCCUGAUGGAGACCCGUCAGCUCUCGAGAGCAUCGUGCCUCCUGCCGAGGGCUGGGCCAGGGGAGUGGCUGCCUGGGCCUCCUGGGAUGGGGGGUGACAGGCCUGAGCCAGACAGAGGGUCCAGCCCCUGAGAGAGGAGGCGGAAGGUCCUGCUGGCCUUUCACUACCCCCAGGGCCCUGGCAUGCAGCCCGGUUUUCAGGGCUGUGGGGUCCCUGCAGAGCCGAGGGUUUCAGGGUUUCUGGGGAAGAGCCCCCCAUGCCGGGCUCAGAGCCCUGGUGCAGAGGGUGGAGGGGCGGAUUCUGUGUGAGUAGCGACUCCAGGCCUUGAUUCCAGGCCCUGGCCUCUCUCAGAGGUGCUGUGCCCUGCUCCCAGGGGGCACAUGACUAAUAAAAGACUGUGAAUCCACAUGCAGAGCCACUGCUAGGCACCCACCGCCACACCCGAGGGCGACAGACAGCCUCGCAGAGAGGACUCACUGGGGAGGUCAAGGAGUGGGAGCCGGGCAACGUGGAGCCCCCUGGCUCCCCCCGGUUCCUGCGAGGGGGGCGUGUGUUCUUACAGCUAUUGGCUUGGGCUGGCAAGCCCUGAACGUGAGAGCAAGAUCCUGAAACAUCUCAGGUCAAGAAACCCCCUGACUCCUGAGUCCCCUCCCGUGGACCUUGCGCGUGGGGUCCCAUGGGGAGACCCCUAAUGGCGAUGCAUUCACCACUUUGCAGUGACACGGCGCCUCCCCCCAGACGAUCAUCACUGUCAGAGUCCCCGAUGGUACACAUGCACCUUUAUUGGACUGUUUCUUGCCCAGCAUGCAGCUCUUUGCAGGGCACAGCAAUUUUGGCACCGUCCAGGGCCCUUGUGCCCAGUAAGCCUGUCCUGGGGGCUGCCAGGCCCACUCCUGGGCACUGGGCUGCAGCCUCGGGUGGAGGGAGGUGAGGCUGGUGCCAGGGAGCAGAGCUGUCCGUCCGUCAUCACAACAGAGGGGUCUGGAGACUCAUGGCGUCGGAUAUGGGCCUGGCGGCCCUGACCCCUCAGGCCCACAGCACCUGGCAGAGAACACGUUCCAUGACCCUGGUCUUGGCAAACCGGGCUGAGGGGUGAGGAGGGCAGGGAAAGCGGGCCCUCUCUCCUUCCUCACGUCUGUGCUCAGCCCCUUCCCCCCGUCCAGCACCUAAGAACCACCUCGCAGAGAAGGUGGGCACAUGCUGUGGGCCCCAAUUUUCUGAUGAGAAACAGGUCCAAGAGGGCACCCCAGCCCCAGGUCACUCAGAGCCAGGACUGGACCGUCCACCAAAUCACUGUCCCGGGGCCCCACCAGCAUUGCCCUGCCUGCCAGCUGCCCCGUCUCUGGACUGUGUGUGACUGCAGACCUGUGCCCACGCUGACUGCCCCUCCCCUUCUCACCUGCCCCGUCUCUGCCCAGAUGCGGCACCGGGAGCAGGUCCAGCAUUUACCUGUGUCUCCAUCACAGCCUCCUCGGUGCUCCUCAGUGUGUGGCUAAGGCUGGAAGAGAUCCCACAGGUCAGAGCUGGGGGGUCCUCGGGGGCCCAGGUUGGGGGUGGAGAAACCAGAGCAGUUCAUGGACACCUCCCAGGUGGACACCCCUACUCCUCUGCCCACAUAGGCCGCCCUCCCGAGCGUGGACAGUCCUGGCGGCCCCCCCCCCCCCCCCCCGCGAUCGCACUGCCCUGUCCUGCGGGUUUUCAGGGCUCGGCCUCCUCUGGUCUCGCAGGAGAAGAGGUGCAUCUCCUGUUCUCCCCCCUGGCAUGUCCCUCAGGAGAGACCCUCCUCCAACCCUCACCUUUGAC